CUCCCCCACUCCGCUCGCCCUUGGUUUUACCUGCACCUCGUCACAACCUUUCCCGAUCGCAAGCGGCAAGUCAAGAGGUGUGUCAUGAGGGGUGUUCAUGAACGCGGUGUGUUCAUCGCCGGCACGGAUGACUUUGUACAGUGUAAACCUGUGCGAUUUGUACUGGUUUAGCUCUCUGCUCGCACUAGGAAACAACUUUGUGGCACUCACACAGCUGCGACUACUGUUAGUAGUCCGUUAAGUUGAUUUGGGCAAGACUGUAACAAAUCAAUUCCGAAACACUUCCGCAACAUACAUUGGGGAGCAAUUUGCUUUAACAGCGCCGACAAACCGACUGCCGCUAAACUCUGACGAUGAAAGGCGGUCGGCAGGCAUCCAAGCCACAGGCUCAGCGACAAGGGUUCAAAAGGCGACAGGCUCCAGCGGCGCCCGAAUACGAUUAUGAGGAUGAAGGGCCUGCUGGCAGCGAUGAGGACGAGGACGGCAUGACGCCGGACCAGCUACGCGCGCUUAAACGCUUUAAGGCGGGGCCUGGUGGCAGCGAUGAUGACAGCGACAUGAGCGACGAAGAUGAGGAGGGCGAGGGGGAUUCGGACGACGGUGGCGACGGUUCGGACGGCGGCGGGCGGGGCCGGGGCCGGCGCUUGGACCGGCUCGGUGCUGCCCGUGACGACGACGAUGAUGAUGAGGGGGGUGAGGAUGAGGAUGAGGAUGAAGAGGACGAGGACGAGGAUGAAGAAGACGAUGAUGAUGACGAUGAUGAUGACAACGGCGGGGGAGCGAGUGGCCGCGGGAAUGAGCGCACUCUGGAGGAGCAGGUGGCGGACGUGCCGUUUGAGGUGCUGGAGGCCAUAAAGCGCGACGGCCGCGGACUGGUCGGGCAGGCGGCGCGUGUGGCGGCGGCGCGGGCGGACGCGGCCUCAGCAAACUUCAAGCGAGCCAACAAGGACCGCCCGCAGGAGAUGAGCAGCAAGCGGCCCGUGGGCCGGUUCCGGGAGGUGAUCCAGGUGCCCAACACCAAGUCCGUGGACCCGCGGUUCGAUUCCUCGGGGGCUCCGGGCGGCGGCAAGGACACGUUCCGCCGCCGCUACGCCUUCCUGUACGACGACAUGCUGCCGGCGGAGAAGGCGGAGCUGCAGGCCAAGAUGAAGAAGGAGAAGAACCCCAAGUUCAAGGCCAAGAUGCAGGCCCAGCUGCAGCGGCUGGAGGCGCAGCUCAAGGACGAGAGCCUGCGCCGCCGCACACAGGCGCUGGAGCGGGAGUGGAAGAGCAAGGAGAAGGUGGCAGUGGGCUCCGGCAAGCAGCCCUACUUCCUCAAGGCCGCGGACAAGAAGAAGCUGGAGCUGCUGGCCAAGUACCAGGAGCUCAAGGAGGGCGGCAAGCUGGACAAGUUCAUGGAGAAGAGGCGCAAGAAGAACGCGGCCAAGGACCACAGGUACCUGCCUUCGGCUCGUCGCGCAGACGAGUAAGCAGCGGCUGCGGCUGCGGCUGCGGCUGCGGCUGCGGCUGCAGCUGCGGCUUCCGGCCCCGGUGCCGGUCCUGGCAUCCAUGCCGGUCCUGGUCCCGGUGCCAGCCCCGUUGCAGGCCCCUGGCACGGCCUUUGGCGUGGGUAGUGGACUCUUCUGGCGGCGUGGUGUGGGCUGUCGGAGCGGAGCGUGUCAGCUUGUGUGGCGGCGGCGAGUGUCACGUGGCUGGGCGCGAGCUCAGGCAAAGCAUGUUGGCGGCGGCGGUGGUGCCGUUUGGUAUGGUCUUGCACGGGGGUGUGGGGCUGCGGUGGUCUGGUCUGGUCGAGAGCAUGUCCUGCCCGAGUGUCCGACCGGUCGGCUGGGCCGGUCGUGUGGCGUGCGAGGUGGAGGAGUACAGGGCGGGCGGUUACGGUGGAGGGCUCGGCGCGGCAUGCCGGCACACGGUACGGGCACUGGGCAGGCACCCAAUUGAAGGACGUAAUCAGACAUUGCUCAAGGGUUAAGACCACGACGGGAAGGACUGGGACACGGGAAGGAGGAUGCACCGGCGCGGAUGUCCUGCACGACGAACAGAUGGGCGCUGGUGGACUAGUGGAGGGCUGGAGUCUGGAGCAGGGGAGGAGAGGUCGACCGAAAGCUACUUGGCGCGCUGAGAGUGUUGGACUUGA